CAUCGGUUCGAAUCCGAUACCGAUAAAGGGCUUUUUCCUUUUUUUUCGGUAUGCCGCUCCGCCAGCAAGGAGCGAAAGAACCAAGUGGUUUGUGGUUAUGUCAGAAUUUGCACCUAUUUGUAUCUAUUUAGUGAUCAGUCUGCUAGUUUCUUUGAUCUUACUCGGUCUUCCUGUUCCCUUUGCUUCCAAUAGUUCGACCUAUCCAGAAAAAUUGUCGGCCUACGAAUGUGGUUUCGAUCCUUUCGGUGAUGCCAGAAGUCGUUUCGAUAUACGAUUUUAUCUUGUUUCCAUUUUAUUUAUUAUUCCUGAUCCGGAAGUAACCUUUUCCUUUCCUUGGGCAGUACCUCCCAACAAGAUUGAUCCGUUUGGAUCUUGGUCUAUGAUGGCCUUUUUAUUGAUUUUGACGAUUGGAUCUCUCUAUGAAUGGAAAAGGGGUGCUUCGGAUCGGGAGUAAUCACUAGUGAUAGGGCAAAAAUAGGAAGGACAA